AUUGUUUGCGUUGCCUCUGGUGUGUGCUGCUCAAGAUAAUUCAAGCAAUCUGAUUUGUCUCUUCUUUUUUGAGAAAUAUCGUGCUUUAUUGAUCAAGAGACAGUGCGGCGACAUUCGACAAACGAAUUUAUACAUGACUAAACCAGCGAAACGGACUCUCUGGUUUGUUUGAGUCCAGUGUGCUUUGCGAGCGUCUGAUCUGAAACAUAGGGCCCAGAUCAACCAAGUUCCACACCGUGUGUUGCGCCCCGAGUCCAGUCCUCCCCGGCGCCGCCGCCUCUGCGUGCUUUGGGCGGGAGGCCGCCGCCACCAUCGUGGGCGUCGCGACCACUGCCGGAGACCUCGCACCCCUUCGGACCCGAGGAGGAGUCCAGGGUCUUUACUCUGGAGAGCGAUGGAUUCUUCAGAAAUUCCGCCCUCUGACCGCAGAGAAGAGCAGCCGCCGGCGUCGCUGCCGCUGCCGGCGGCCUUUCUCGAGUUCCUCGGCGAGAACGGCCUGGACCCCGCGCUAUACUCCAAGGCGGACACCAUCCCGCGCUACAUCAGGUUAAAACCAGGCACGGAGCCCAUGGUGGUGACAGAGAUCGAAAGCGAGCUCAAGUGUGAUCUCAUGAAGGUGUCGUGGCUGCCGGACUUCUAUGCGAUCCCGCCUGAAAUUCAGAUUGCUGGAUCCAUGGCUUAUCAGCAAGGGAAGAUCUAUGGGAUUGAUGCAGCUUCUGGAGCUGCCAUCUUAGCACUCGAUGUUCAACCAGGAGACCAUGUUCUUGACCUCUGUGCUGCACCAGGUGCAAAGCUUUGCAUGCUUGCAGAUAUGCUUGGUAGCACAGGUUCUUUGACUGGUGUUGAUGUUGCAAAGCACCGUCUUGCAGCCUGUCGUACGAUGUUGCAGAAGUAUUCUCUUGGAGAUCGUAGUCGACUCUUUGUUGCUGAUGGGACUUCAUUUUCCAUAUUGCCUGUGAACUCCAAUCUGGGGAGCAUGGAAGCUUUUGUUGGAAUUGAGGAUAAUGGAAGCAUAUUCUCAGAAUGGACUUCAAAGAGAUCAUGGAAAGACAGACAGAAGUCUAAAAAGGCAAAAGCAGCCGGUUCACCUCAUCCACCAUCAACUUCCGAACCUGAACUGAUAUACUAUGGCAAAGAUUCAGGAUUAGUUGGAUUGCAAAAACGUUAUGUUCUUCGUCCAUCAACUGAUGCUGCUGCCUGUACAUCUGGGUAUGAUAAGGUCCUAGUGGAUGCAGAGUGUACUCACGAUGGAUCGAUAAAACACAUUCAGAAGUUUGAGUUCUGGGGAUGGAAAACAUUAGACCGCCGUGUACUCAACGUAGAAAGAACUGGCAACCUACUUCAACUUCAGUUAGGGCUUCUCACAAAUGGUUUUAAAUUAUUGAAAACAGGUGGAUCACUUGUCUAUAGUACUUGCAGCUUGACUGUUGCACAAAACGAGAAUGUGGUUCAGCAAUUCCUUUCAAAACAUCCUUCAGCAGAGCUGCUAAAGAUCGAUCCAGCUGAUAGCUGGCCCUGCAGAAGCGGUGGCAUCCAGAAAACCUUGCGGUUCGAUCCCGCGACGUCACAAACUAGUGGACUUUUCAUCGCCAAGUUCAUCAAGUUGUGAUGUUCUUUAUGAGAUACUCACAACUUCGUAUAAGUUAAUUUCAUAUGAAACCAGGUUGUUGUGAGUAAAUUUUGCUAGGUUUUACUCUAGUUCUUUAACAACAGGUGGUCGGAGUCUGCUUGUUUAUGUACUCAAGUUUUAAGUAGGCUUCUUGGUAAAAUUAGCCUCCUUGGCUUUAGGUGUGUAGAAAGGGUUGUUGGAAAACACUCCCAUCUAUUCUCAAAAAAAUAAAAAUCCCUGAGUCACAAAUACUCCCUCCGCAAAAACGUCUUGUAUUAUGGGAGGGAGUAUAAGAUGUUCUAACCUUUUUGUGAAUCAGAUGUAUAGACAUGUUUUAGUGUGUUUGUUCGCUCAUUUCAGUCC